UCAUCAUCAGGAUGUACUUCCGAAGUUCAAGUACAAAAUGAUUUCACUUAUUGUUCGUUUUUUUUUAUAAAUUCAGUCUUAAGUAAACAGGGGAUAAAAAUGUUUCUCGUUUUCUUGUUAAUUUUCUUCAUUGGAAAUGGUAUCCACCAAACGGACGGACAAUCGGAUAAUUUCUUCUCGUCUUGGAAAGAGCCUCCAAUCAACUCUGGCAUAGGUGAAGGCAAUGCUACAGUUACUGUUCGUGAAAAUAACCAAGUUGGUACCAGUACGGGGAUAAAGCUGCAAGUUCUUGGCGGAACUGGAAAAAUCAGUUACAUUCUGAACCAAUCUAACCCAUUGUAUUUUAGGAUAGGUGGGGCUAAUAAAGACGAAAUAACAACUGCAAUACCAAGCGAUUUUGAAAUGCUGGACAGAAUAACAGUAACGGUGGUAGCUUUCGACGAAGGUAAUCCGCAGAAAACAGGAAGCGCUAUCAUGACGAUUUUCAUUGGUGACGUGAACGAACAUGCCCCUACAUUUCUACGGGAAGUGUACGAAGUCACAAUAUCCCCUUUGUUUGAUAUAGGUAUAGCAUUCGCCAGGCUUCAUGCAGCAGAUGGAGAUGGUUCUUCUCCAAACAACAAUGUGGUAUAUUCAAUUGAAGGCGGAAACACAAACGAUGCUUUUAUGAUCGACUCAAAAACUGGUAACAUUGCAAUGGCGAAGCAACUAUAUGGAUACGAUAUCACCCCACAGUAUGAACUAAUCAUUCUUGGCGUAGACGGAGGUACCGACCCUUCGCCGCUGACAGGAACAACCACAAUGCUUGUAAAAAUCGUCGAUGUCGAAACGUUUUCGUCAUGGAAAGAGCCACCAGUUAACAGCGGUAUAGGGUCUGGUACUGCUUCAGUGAAAGUAAAAGAAAAUUCAGAAAAGGGAACCAAUACAAAUAUCAAAUUACGAGCCCUUGAUGGCUGGCAACGGAACAUCAUCUACAAGAUCAAGAGUGAUCAUCAAACGUUUUCGAUAGGAGGACCAAACGGUAAUGCGCUUAUUGUAGAGGAACCAAUAGAUUUUGAAGUCGUUUCCAACAUUUCUAUUAAAGUUUGAGUAAGUCACUUAAUGUUAUUAAAUUUAUGUGAAGUACAAAAGUAUUAUAGUAAACGUAAGCAUAAUAAUAUAAUGUCUAUAAUUUAUUUAAAAACUCUUCGGUAUUUUAAGUAAAGAAUGUUAACAA